CUCCUUCUUCGGAAGUCUGUUGUGUUGUGCCCAGCCGAAUUGAAAUCCCUAUUCGCUCAUGCCUCGACAGUCGACCCUCAUCGUUUCCUCAUGGACUCCUACCUCCUGGAUCUUGCCGAAUCAGCUCUCUGAAAACACUCGCACUGUCGUCGGCACUUCCACCGUCGCCGCCGUCUUCGUCGUUACUCUCCAGCCUCCAUUGCAAGAACGACUCCAGUCUUCCUUCAACGAACCCAGAUACCCAAAUUUUGAUUCUUCUUCUGGCUUCUUCAAUUCCAUGCUUACUUCGUCUAUUCAAGAGAAGUGGGUGGUCUCUAUUCUACCGAUCGAUACCCAUGAACGACGAAGUGAAGAGGCAAGCCGCAACAUCGAGAUCAAAAUCAAGCAGCUCCACUUGGACAUAACUUAUGGCAUCCCAGUAAGAUCCUCUGUUUGUUGAUGCUUCCUCUGUUUGUUGUUGCAAUCAGUAAGUCGGGUUGUUGUUUGGAAUUAGAUGGGAAAAUAGGUUAGCUAGAUGUAUGUUUUAGGUGUUGAGAGCUGAUUCUCUCAAGUUGAAUGAUAGGUUGAUGAUUCCUGUAGUUGCUUCUGGUUUUAUAUGUGGAAAUGGGUUUGAUGCUGCAAUUGUUGCUCUGGCCAAAGUAAGGCCUCCAAUUUACAUGGGUUUCACUGCUAGUGAAUAGAGCUUUGAAAAUAGAAUUUCAUAUAGAUAGAGCUGCUUAUGGCAUUUUUAUCUUUGAAUUGGGCAUUUGAUUUUCUAGUGUUUGCCACAAUAUGCUUAGUGGUCAAACUACUUGAGAAAACAAAACAAAUUAUGGAUUUUGAG